CCUCAGUUGGCAUUCUUCAAAGCAAGUGACUGCGCUGCACGACAUGGAUCCGUCCGAGUGGCAUGCGCUGGGGAAGGCUCAGUACCAGAAGCAUCGGCUGUUCGAGAUGGCGCCGUCGUGGAAGGAAGAGGUGGCGUCCCUUGGUGACUUGAAGGAGUUUCUCGUCGUCCCAGCGCAAUUCGGCGGUCCGAUUGCAAUGAUCCGCGACCCGUCCCGCUUGGUCAAGAUGGACUCGAAGGGGUCGCUGUCUCGCACGCUGUACAUUUUCAACGCAUGCGGGGCCAAAUUGGCGUCCAUUAGUUUCUCGUCGUACGACACGAAGAAGAAGACGUUGUUCGGCAUGUUCUGGACUGACGAGAUGCGGUUGAUGUGCGUGUUUGACGACGGCGACUGCGUCAGCUACAGCAUCAUGGGGUCCGUCGAGACAUCGUUCGCGCUGUUUCCCGCAGACUCUCGGUUCAAAGUGAUCUCGUUCGAGUCGUGGGGCGGCGGGCUCGUGGCGCUCCUGGACAACUUUAUGAUCGCGCAAGCACUCGACAUCGAUUCGGUCAAGCCGCGGGUGUACUGCAUCACCGACACGGGCGUGAGUCCGACCAACCCUCCCACGUGCAUGGCGGUGCUAGACCCACGGUUCGUCAAGUCUGGUAUGCCCGAGAUCUUCCUCGGGACGUCGUCGAACUCGCUGGUGAUCGUGAGCAAGGGCGCGUCGUCCGGUGAGGCCAACAAAGUGAUGGACAUGCAGCUGCAGAGCUCAAUCAAGGCGCCGAUCAGCAAGAUCGCCAUCGCCCCCAACGGCACGUUCAUGGCCGUCUUCUCCCAGGACGGCACCCUCACGGUUCUGAACACGACGUUCGACAAGAAGAUCCUGGCGUUCGACACGCAGAGCAAGGCAAGCCCUGCCGCGAUGCUCUGGUGCGGCGAGGACUCGGUGCUGCUGUACUGGCAGAGCGUGGGGGUGAUCAUGGUGGGGCCGCUAGGGUCGUGGCUCAAGUUCCCGUGCGACGACGGCCCCGUGGUGCUGAGCCAGGAGGUGGACUGCUGCCGCAUCUACAGCUCCAACUCCCACCAAGUGCUCAUGCGCGUGCCCCGGGCCACAGAGGACAUCAAGCGCAUCGGCAGCACGGCGCCGGCGGCCAUGCUCCUGGACGCCCUCGACGCGUUCGAUUCGGGGGACGCCAAAGCAGACGAAAACAUCCGGUCCAUCCAGACCCAGCAUACGCUGGAACAAGCCAUCACCGACUGCAUCACGGCGGCAGGUCACGAGUUCGACUACACCGCCCAGAGCUCGCUGCUGCGCGCGGCGUCGUACGGCAAGUGCUUCUUUGACAACUCGGACGCCGCCGCCAGUUCCAACUACGACUCGGAGUUUUACGUGGACAUGUGCCGCAAGCUCCGCGUACUCAACGCCCUUCGCAAGCCGGCGAUUGGGCUGCCGCUGACGCUGGCGCAGUUUGACCGGCUGUCGUGCGAGGUGGUCGUGUCGCGCUUGGUCGCGAUGCGCCAUCAUUUCCUUGCGCUCAAAAUCUGCGACUACAUGAAGAUCACGUCGGACCGCGUGCUCGUGCAUUGGGCGUGCGAAAAGGUGAAAUCGUCGUUUGAAAGCGCUACACCUGGGGGAGGACCUCCCAUGACGGACGAAGCAAUCGUGUCGAUGGUGCGCAAGAAGCUCAAGGACGCCACGUUGGUCUCGUACUCAGAAAUUGCGAGUUGCGCCGAGCGCGCGGGUCGCCAUCGGCUCGCGACCAUGUUGCUCGACCUGGAAGAGAACGCUUCCGACCAGGUGCCGCUGCUGCUGUCCAUGGGCGAGUUCGAACUGGCGCUGCGCAAAUCGCUCGAGUCGAGUCACACGGAUCUGAUCUACCUGACGCUGUUCCACAUGGAGCGCACAAUGCCGCCCGACGACGUCCGCCGCGUGCUCCACAGCGAGCCGCAGUAUGCCGAGGCGAUUCACCUGCUCGCAAUGUUUUACAUUGCCACGCACGCCGACAGCUCCAAACUCGACAAUAUUUGGCACGAAGUGUCGUCGGCGAAUCACGACGUGCUGACGUCGUUCACAGAGCGCAACACGGACGGAAAGCUGAAAAAGCUCAAGGACGCCAUGGCCAAAUACAACAGCGCCAAGCUCCCGAUUAACGCCAAGCUCACGGAGGAACACAUGGAGUUGCUCAUGGAGCAGCGCAAGUUGGACGACAAGGCGACCGGCGGGCCGAAUGUCGUGUACGUGGGCAUGUCCUUGAGCGACACGAUCCGGCACCUGUGCAUGGACGCGGCGCGCGAGCCCAAGUCGCUGCAGGUGGCGGCGGCGAUCGCCAAGAAGUUUAAAGUGCCCGAGAAGCGGUUCUACCGCGUCAAGAUCAAGGCAUUGGCCGAGACAUUGCAGUGGGACACAUUGCACAAGUUUUCCAACGAAAAGAAGACGCCGCCUUGUGGGUUCAAAGCGUUUGCAAUUGCGUGCUUACACCAAGGCGAGAAGGGCCAGGCCGAGUCGUAUGCGUCGCGCAUCACCCAACCGGACGAGAAGUUCGACACGCUCGUGCACUUGCAGAUGUGGACGGCGGCGCUCGACAUGGCCGUCAAGCUGAAAGACCCCGACAAGCUCUCGAGUGUGCGCAACAACUGCCCGCUGCCAGACAUUCACGCUCAAAUCGACCACGCGGCGCAGCAAUUGGGCUUUAUCUAGGGCUUCAUCUCCCGACAAGUGUCUACAUGAACUAGAAGCGUGUUGAUUGAUGUAACGUUCGACUUGCCCAU